AUGCGGACCAAGAAAGCCUCCUCUGUCGCCUGGUCACCUGCCGCUCCUGCGAAUGACGACCCGUUCUUCGUCCGCCCCGGCACGUCAGACAACAACAAGAUGUCCACACCGUACAGCGCGACCGCUUUCGACCGAUACAUGGGAUUGCCGACCGAGGGAUCGGUUCGAACGCAGACGCGUCCGAGUUCAGGCGGACUCGGGAAGAAGCUCCUCUCCUUUCCCUGGUCGCGGUCGGAGAAGAAGCAGGCUGUUGCACAACGUCAGGCUAUCGCGCACCCGCCGCCUCGAGCGUCGACACCUCAGCCUCGUUCACCUCGACCCGACACCUCCCGGACGACCAACUCGCUCCCACUCGGCUUCCCCGCACCUCCGUCGUCUUCUUCUCUCGCCAGCCUACAACAGCACCCGUCGGCGAGCGCCAUGACGUCGCGACAUGUCCCGGGCCACCCGACGAGCAACUCUUCCCUCUCGACCGUCAACACCGCUUCCUCUUUCGCGUCGACCUCCCUCUUCACGUCAGCGGACGACGGGGGUUGGCAGUCUGACGCGACGACGAUGUCGCUCGGCUCGACGCCCGAGAGCGUGCGGGCAUGGCGGAUGAAGGGUCUCGCAUCGGACGCCUUCCCAACUCUGCCCGACAUCGUCGAGCGGGACAACGAGGACCUGCGAAGCAGUAUCUGCGAAGGCAUGCUCUCCAGUGGGAGGGAGACGCCCGUUCGGCGGAACUCGACGCCGAUACCUGCCGCCGUCGCCGCCAUGCUCGCGCCCGAAACUCCCCCUCGCCCGAAACGUCACCCCUUCUCGAGUGCAACCACGUCGCCUACCUCGCCGAAGCGUGCGCGCGAAUUGACUGAACGUGAAGGACGGCGGGAGUCGCCUGCAUCCGCCAACGGCGACGAAGCGGAUGAUGAGGUCUCGCCGCCUCGACAGCGCCGCUCAUCACACCCUUUCAGCAUCCAUGACUCGCCGACGCGACCAGCCGGCAGGCUCGCUCGCUCGAUGCGCAUACCAUCGAUCCGCUUCGAGGGCAUCUCAAUGGACGCCGUCUUUGCCGAAGUCGAGGCAAAGAUCAGCAAGGAGCUGGCGGCGGGAACGUCGACGUUGCAGCCGGAGGGCAACAUGGCGAAGCGCAGGUCGCGCAUGAUGAGUCUGUGCGACCCGGUGAUGGAGGAGGCCGUGCGCGAGCGGGAAAUGCAGGUCGAGGUGCCGGAGGAAACGACGCCUGUCGCGGCAGAACCCGAAACGCCGGCCUCGUCGUCCAUGUCUUCGCUCGCCAGCACAGAGUCAACGUCCAGCACGAACACAGAGGGCCUCCCUCUCGACAUUCCGCGCCCGCGACCUUGGCCUCGACGAACCUCCUCGCGUCCCGCUCCUCUCGAUGUUGGCGCAGCCAACGCCCUCGUAAGCUGGUCGCCGAUGUCGGCACCGCUUCUUCCUGCCGCUCCCAUGUACUCGCCAACUGCGAGUCACUGGGAUCAGCCUGUGGAGCGUCCAGCAUCUUCGCUGGCAUCGCCGUUUUCGCCGUCCGACUCGCAGGACAGCCUAUCGCCCAGGACUUGCGCCUCACCGAUGCCCAUGGACUCGCUGGAACCGCAACCCUCGCCGGCUUUGAGCACGACUUCGACCUUCCGACCAUGCGACAUUCCCGAGCUUUUCGUCUGUCCGCCUUCGCCGCCCCAGAACGGCAACGAGGAGCAGCCGCGACCCCGACCGUCCGUGUCGACUCGCGCAGCCACUUUGCCCGCUGCCCACUCGACGCCCGCACCUCGACAGCGAGCCAACUCGUACUGCGAGCCGUCCCGCCAGGCUCGACCCGUCACCAUGAUCGCCGGUCCGACAAAGGUGACGGUCUUGCCGCCGAAGCGGAUGGUCAGGAUGUCGACGAGGGCGCCGUCGAAGCGUGCCGAGCGGCCGCGGACCUUCGCUUCCGCACCGUCUCGACCAACUUCCUUCUCGCCGCCGUCGACUCCGACUGUUGAGGUUACGCCUCCUGCGCCGGGUCCGCCUCCGACCGCUCUUGCGCCACGACCACCGUCGUAUGCGGACAUCUCGACAACUCCGCCCGUCUCGCCGACCUGCCCAGUCCCGCCUUCACUCGUUGCUGUCCCUUACCACCCGCCGACGACCCUUCGUACCGACUUUCACCCGGCUCUUUCGACUCUUGCGGUCGAGCAGACAGCCGACGAGGACUCGUCCGACUGCGAGGAAUCGCUGCACAACAUGCUCAUGCGCCUGAACCGCCCUCUUACUCCGCCUCCUCCCUCGAUGACCGUUUCAGCUCCCGCCUCGCCCUCGCUCACCUCGACCGCCCUCGAAAUGCACAACACGUCGCAGAAGCGCAUGUCUAUGCUCGCGCGCGAGAUGGGCGACGUCGCGCUCGACAAGGAGAACCUGCCGUUGCGAAGGCAGAGUUCCGUUUCGCGACACGAUUCUCGCCGGUACUCGAAGCUGUACAAGCCCGAAGACGUGAUCCCUCUCGCUCUCGACUCGCCCAAGCCGCUUUCGCCUGCCGUCAUUCAUCCUUUGUUGCCGGUCGACUCGGAUCAUGGGCAUGGCGGGAUGCGCAGCUGGUCGUCCGAGGAGGGCCACGAGCAGGAUGUGCCGACCUCGCCGGACGAGGACGACGAGGAUGUCGACAUCGAAGGCGAGAUUGACAGGACGCUCGCCUCGCUCGCCGGCGCGGACGAGGACGACGGCUCGCAUUCGACUUACUCGAGCGGAUCGACUGCAUCAGAGCACCUCUCUCGCCACGGCCAUACCGACUCGCAGUCGUCGAUUGACUCGGCUAUUGUCGUCGAGGCGCAGAUCAAGCAGAUCCCUCGCAGCGACAGCCAGAAAUCGGACUUGACCGACUUGUCCUUCGACUCGACCGAGCUCGAGGAGGGCGUCGUCUGCCUCGGCGAGCGAAUCAGCUGCAACUACAACGUCGGCGUUAUCGGGAUGGCCAUUUAG